AUGGAUCCCAAAGGCUCUACCACAGAUUCUGCUCAAGUCUGCCGUAUACCAUCUCACUUGUCCCUUUUCUCUCCUCAGAAGUCCACCCGAGCAGUUAGCAAAGUCCAUGCCUUUGGGAAGAGGGGCAAUGCUCUCCGAAGGGACCCCAACCUCACUGUGCACAUCCGAGGCUGGCUUCAUAAGCAGGACAGCGCUGGACUCCGGCUGUGGAAACGCCGUUGGUUCGUCCUUUCUGGCCAUUGCCUCUUCUAUUACAAGGAUAGCCGUGAAGAGAGCGUCCUGGGCAGUGUUCUGCUCCCCAGCUAUACGAUCAGGCCAGAUGGGCCAGGAGCUCCCCGAGGGCGGCGCUUCACCUUCACUGCUGAGCACCCAGGGAUGAGGACCUAUGUCCUGGCUGCAGACACACUAGAGGACCUGCGAGGCUGGCUGCGGGCGCUGGGCCGUGCUUCCCGCGCGGAGGGCGAUGAUUGUGCUCGGCCCAGAUCACCCGCACGUCCCCAGCCUGGGGAGGGCCCUGGUGGCCCAGGCGGUCCCCCAGAGGGGAGCAGAGGAGAAGGGAGGCGCAGCCCAGAAUCACCGGAAGUGGCUCGGUUCUCUAGAGGACGUGGGGGACCCAGGAUGCUCACUCCCAGCCCCACAGCCGACCUUCCAUCAGGACCCCGGAUUCGGAGAGCGAGGAGCCCAGACCUGUUCACACCUCUUUCUCACCCGCCUUCUCCUCUGAGCCUCCCCCGGCCCCGGUCUGCUCCUGCGCGCCGACCUCCCCCCACCUCCGGAGAUACAGCCCCCACUGCCCGUCCUCAUACACCCCUGAGUCGCAUCGAUGUCCGUCCUCCCCUGGAAUGGGGUCCCCAACGCCGGACCCUCUCCAGGCCUUCCACUCCUCGCCGAGGACCUUCUUUGGAGGCUGGAGCAGGAAGGCCCCCAAGAAGCCCCCAGAACUGGAGUCAGGAGUCCAGAACACAGGUGCCCCCUGCCUCUGCCACGUAUCUCCAGCUUCCUCCAAAACCCCCUGGAACCCGGGCCUCCAUGGUUUUAUUGCCAGGACCCCCCUUGGACUCCACCUUCCACCAAAGCUUGGAGACGGAUACUCUGUUGACGAAGUUGUGUGGGCAGGACCGGCUCCUUAAGAGGCUGCAGGAGGAGAUGGACCAGAAGCAGGAGGAGAAGGAGCAGCUAGAAGCAGCUCUGGAGCUGACCCGACAGCAGCUGAGCCAGGCGACCAGGGAGGCUGGGGCUCCGGGCAGGGCGUGGGGACGCCAGCGCCUCCUGCAGGACCGCCUGGUGAGCGUGAGGGCCACUCUUUGUCACCUGGCUCAGGAGCGGGAUCGAGUUUGGGACACGUACAGCGGCCUGGAGCAGGAGCUGGGAAGCUUGAGAGAGACCCUUGAGUACCUGCUGCACCUCGGCUCCCCCCAGGACAGAGCAUCCGCUCAGCAGCAGCUGUGGAUGGUGGAAGACACGCUGGCAGGUCUGGGGGGACCCCAAAAACCACCCGCACGCACUGAGCCUGGCUCCCCAUCCUCCCUGCUCCAAGGCGAGGAGUCUUCAGAGAGAGAGAGUCUGCCUGAGUCCUUGGAAUUGAGCUCUCCCCGAGCCCCCGAGUCUGACUGGGGGCGGCCUCCUGGAGGUGACAGAGACCUCACUAGCCCCUCCUCAGGGUUUGGAUCUCCAAGGGUCUCCCGUGCUUCCAGCCCAGAGGCUCCGCAUCGCCCUUCCCCACAGCCCCAGCCAGGGGCCAAGGCUCCCCUGCCUCGGCCCAGGAUGAGCGCCCAGGAGCAGCUGGAGCGCAUGCGCAGACAUCAGGAGAGUGGACGGUCCCUCCCUCACUCCUCUUCCUCCAAGCUCCUCACUCUAGGGAGGACUCUGUCCCCCGCCAGACGCCACCCGGACCCGGAGCCAAGGCCUGCCCUAGACACCCUGGGACACUCAGGAACCUCGAAAUGGCUCCGAAGUUCAGGAUCCUGGAGUAGUCCGAGGAACACCACGCCUUACCUCCCCACAUCUGAAGGUCACCGGGAGAGGGUCCUCAGCCUCUCCCAAGCCCUGGCCACAGAGGCGUCGCAGUGGCAUCGUAUGAUGACAGGUGGAAAUGUGGAUUCCCAAGGAGACCCUCUCCCCCCAGCGCCUCCCCCUCCUUCGGAUCCCACAGCCCAGAUGACCCCUUCGCCCAGAUCUCCUCGGGUGGCUAAUGCCCGCACAGUGGUGCCCACCAGCCAGAGUAGUGGGCGUGGUGGAGGCUCCGCCCCCUGGGUGUCCACGUGGGAGCCUGGUACCGCCCCUCCCGCCCUGGCUCCCGCGGAAGGGGCGUGGCCUCUGCGAGUCACUCUGCUGCAAUCAAGCUUCUGA